CACAUAAAAUGAGAGCCCACUCACUACUGAUACUCUCGUAUGUACAGUAACACAGACCCCUUCGCGUUAUGGCGUCCAUCAGUCUUCAUUAAAAAUGACAAGCUCAAGUCAUUUCUAUUUCAUAGAAUUCAUACACAGGGCAUCACAGCCUGUGCUAAAUGCAUGCAAUGAACCCCAAGUACUGCUAAAAUCAGCUUCGAAAUCUGCAAUCUGUCAGGAUUUGAGCUUCGUUUUUUUUUUACUCAACUCUGCACUCACGCAUAUGUAUGAAAAACAUUGCAAAGUCCUAGUUGAGAGAUUAUGAGUCUCACAGCAUAUGUAUGUACAAUUAAACUUUAUUAAUAAUUGGACACCCAGGAUUUGAGCCUUGUUUAUUUAACUCGUGUCAUUAUGUCGAGACCAAUUUUGAAGUCAGGAAACGUAAGUGCAUUCACUGCUCCAGUAGUGAAUCAGCAGUUAUAUCAAAAUGCAUCGUAUUAUUAUGGCAUCGUAUUCAUCAACAUUUAUAUUUUUCUAAAGGAAGGCACACUUUUCCGAAAUCAAUUAGCAUUCAUCUCUUUGUCUUGUCAUACAUUUAAGCAUGGCGAAAACUAGCCUCGUUUUGGCCGUGUUAAUGCUAAACGUCUUCUCCCAAGUUAGCCAAGGUACUUCCAUCCCCGUGGACAAGCACAAUUAUUCCUCCGUGAUGGGAAAAAGUGGGGGAAAGAUGGAGUCGGACGAACUGUUUUUGGACAUUGGUCCCUACUCGAUGGAGGACUUGGCCAGCAAGGAGAAAAUCUUCGUCAACAGGACGCCUUACUAUCCCGAAGUCAUUCUGAAGCCGCAUCACCUUCGCCCUCCUGGAGAAACUUCUUCCGAGGACGGGAUGAUAACGGAAGUGGUGGACGAAUCUGAAGAGGAGGAAGAAGAAGAGACCAGUUUCGAAGAGAGUGAAGAAGACGAUGAGGAAAUGCCUUCUCCAGUGACGACAACUCCCGACCCCACGACGACGACGCCACCACCACCGCCGACCACUUCUCCAGAACCAUCCACCUCACAAACAACCACGUCACCUCCAGAUCAGCCCGACGUGAUUUUGGUUAUGGUGGAAAGUAUUCCGGAAAAUUUACAAGUUUCCGAAGUCAUCGAUCCCACUACUCCAAUUCCUCUUAAGCAAAAUAAAGAUGAAAUGGAGGGUGGAGCUGCUGCCCUUCCCGUCGUGAAGGCACAAUUUGACGAAGAGAUUGACGAAAGAUUGUUCCUCAUAUUGCAAAACUCUGUGCGAGAAACGUAUUUCGCUUUCCGAGAUAUUUUGGGGAAUCGUCACAGAACCCAAAUGAAAACGUUGGAAGACGACUUGCGAGGCAAACUGAAACAAUUGGAUGUCGAUUUAAAUGUGAAAAUAGUGUCGCUUGACACCACCACCCACAGCAGAAUUCAGACUCUGACCGGUCAGAUAAUUGACCAAAGGAAAGAGGACAUUCAAACUUUUUCGGAUAAUUUGCAUCAAUUGCAAAAGACUCAUCAAAUGCAUAUGGAUUCUAACCGAGUCGAGAUCCAGCAACUACAAGUACAAAUGGAUCUCCUUAAUAAAGGCCAGUCUAGUUUGGCGACAAAGCUGUCUCAAGUGCAAAAAGUUUUGAAUAACUUGGAUUCUAAAGUAAAUGAGAUUGUGAUAAAGUCUUCAGAGGAUCUUAAUGGAUUGAGAGAUGGGCAAAAGUUAGUGGCUUCCGUAUUGGACGAACUUCAAUUGGAUAUCAAAACAAAUGACGCCGAAUUUCGUCAGAUGCAAGAAAUUGUUGGAAGUUUACAAAAAUCUGCAACUGAAGAUCAUGGGAAGCUACGUCGAACCCUAAUUCGAGACCAGAAACAAGAACCACUUCAAGUUGCUAUUCGUCACUUGCGCAAUAAAAACGUUGGAGCUGCCAUAAAACAGUGGCGAACGAUUGAAUCAAUUGCAGACGACCUGAAAGAAACCUUACCUGGCGACAUUUCCAAAAUUAUUGACGAAUCUUACGGCAAAAAUGCCGCAAAUCUGGCCACCGUGACCGAUUUUGUUCAUCGUGCCGUGGGACAUGGCGACCGUCGCCUAAAAGAGGCUGCCUAUGGCUCCCUCUUAGCCGACAUGGACUCGAAUAAACAAUUAACCGAUGCCAAACGCACUAUUGAAAUUUUUAACCUGGCUCAAACCAUGAAAGCCGAUCUUGGCAAUUACUACAACUCGUCCAUCACUACGGCAGAAAUCGUGGGAAAACUUCCCGAAAUUAUAAAACUGAUAACUUUCGACAAGGUGAAAUUAUUACUUCCUACGCGAGGUUAUCUUCGGGUCGCGGCGGACAGAAAGGUCACCCUGGUUCCGCAGGAUGGAAGAUUUUAUGAUAAAGACGAAAUCCUUUGGCACUUUGAGUACGAUAAGGACAAGGCCGACGGGACUUUUUACAUCAAGAGUGACAAACUUCAGAAAUACUUGGUCACAUUGCAAGAGGGGUUCAAUUCUUACGGGUUUUCGAAACAAGGCUUAUUUGUGACGGGGAACAAGAAAGAAAACGGGACACGGUUCCAAAUUACCAUUGUUAAUCAGGGCGAAUAUGUUUUAUUUAAGUCUGUAUAUUACAAUGGAUACUUGACCUGGAAAUCCAACGUGCAAACAGUCUAUGGGGACGAUGACAGCUAUUUUCUGCUACUGCUCGACAGAAAAAAUGGUCCUUCGCCAUACUGGAAUAUUCAGGCAGAAGCCGAAGAAUUGUAAGAAAUCAUAUUCGUAAUAGCUAAAUAAUUUUUUUAUAAAUCUUCAUGUUUCGCAUUUCUAUUAAUUUAAUUACAUACCUUGUUA